AUGAUGGAUCAUCAACCUUAUCCAGACAUGAAUGUUAUAUUUAAAAGCAUUCCGAAGAUGAUGCAGGUUGCCGAUGAUAUGCACCGAAUGACCAAUUACAUCAUGGAUUUGCGCAACAUGACACUUGCUUUGGUUUGCUUGACGGUUAUCGGGGUAUUUUUAUUUCUGAUCGUGAAACUUACUCAGGGACGGAGUAGUGCUGCACGUCGAAAACGUGAUUUGGGACAUCGGAUUGAGUCACUGGAGGAUCGAUCUUUACCUCGACACACCCAUUAUGGUGCCUAUCACGGAUAUUUAGACUCGUGGCAUGAUUCAAGAAAUCAAAAAGUUACUGGUGUUGGCGCUACGGUCAUAGAUAUAGAAAAAAUGCCGAUGAAUCAGUCGCAUGAUAAUUCGAGUCACAACGAAACUACCACAACACCUCUCGAAACACCCAAUUUGCUUAAUGGCCAUGCUCAUAAAACGUCGGAGCCGGUGAAGUUGGUGGUGGAGGAUUUGCCGUAUGCUGAUAGUUGA